AUGGAGCGAGCGGCGCAGCAAGCAGUGCCUCUGGGUCAGAUGGAAGUGUUUCAGGCCCUGCAGCGGCUGCACAUGACCAUAUUCUCCCAGAGCGUCUCACCCUGUGGGAAGUUCCUGGCAGCUGGCAACAAUUAUGGACAGAUAGCUAUCUUUAGCUUGUCUGCUGCUUUGAGCUCCGAGGCCAAAGAGGAAAGUAAGAAGCCCAUGGUGACCUUCCAAGCCCAUGACGGGCCCGUCUACAGCAUGGUCUCCACUGAUAGACAUCUGCUGAGUGCUGGGGAUGGGGAGGUGAAGGCCUGGCUUUGGGCAGAGAUCCUUAAGAAGGGCUGUAAGGAGCUGUGGCGUCGUCAGCCCCCAUACAGGACCAGCCUGGAAGUACCUGAGAUCAAUGCUCUGCUUCUCGUGCCCAAGGAGAAUUUGCUCAUCCUGGCGGGGGGGGACUGUCAGCUGCAUGCAAUGGACCUUGAGACAGGGACCUUCAUGUGGGCCCUCCGGGGCCACACAGACUACAUCCACUGCUUGGCACUGCGGGAGCGGAGCCCCGAGGUGCUGUCGGGCGGCGAGGAUGGGGCCGUGCGGCUUUGGGACCUGCGCACGGCCAAGGAGGUCCAGACGAUUGAGGUCUACAAGCACGAGGAGUGCUCGAGGCCCCACAACGGGCGCUGGAUCGGAUGUUUGGCAACUGACUCGGACUGGAUGGUCUGCGGAGGAGGCCCAGCACUCACUCUCUGGCACCUCCGAUCCUCCACACCCACCACCAUCUUCCCCAUGCGGGCGCCACAGAAACACGUCACCUUCUACCAGGACCUGAUUCUAUCAGCUGGACAGGGCCGUUGUGUCAACCAGUGGCAGCUGAGCGGGGAGCUCAAGGCCCAGGUGCCUGGCUCCUCCCCGGGACUGCUAAGCCUCAGCCUCAACCAGCAACCAGCAGCCCCUGAGUGCAAGGUCCUGACAGCCGCGGGCAACAGCUGCAGGGUGGAUGUCUUCACUAAUCUGGGCUACCGAGCUUUCUCUCUAUCCUUCUGA